AUGCUUUCCGCCUACCUCGCCGUUGGAGCUCUUGCUCUUCACACCGUCAGCGCCUGGACUUACCCAGACUGCGAACCUGAUAACUGCUACCGAAACUUAAUGGAUACUCGAUUCACUGCCGAGGCCCCAAGCUUCUGCGUUGACUUCCUCUCUGCAACCACCACCGCAGCAUCCGCUGUCCCAACGGAUUUCGCCAACUGCGAUGUUGCUGCUGCAUCCUCAGCCUGCUCUUGCAUUGUCUAUACCCUUACCCACACUAGCUCUGCCUCAUCCACCUCUUCCUCCGUGAUCGUUUCGACCACCCCAGAGACCAGCACCUCCACAUCCGCUCCAUGGACUUCAUCCUCAAGCUCAAGCUAUGUUGUGAUAAGCACACCAACCGUCACCCCAUCUUCCUCUUAUAGCGCCUCAAGCUCAAGCUCCUACUCCGUUGAGAGCUCCACCUCUGUCCCAAUGACCACUAGCACAGUCUACACCGUCACAAGCUGUGCUGCAACAGUGACUGAUUGCCCAGCUCGAUCCACUGCAGUGACAACAGAGACCAUCGCAUUGUACACCACUGUCUGCCCAGUCUCUGAGGUCUCGACCCCAGUCUCAGCUCCAGUUACAUCAACCUCGACCUACAUGACCACCGAGACAAUCACCAUCAAGUCCUGCCCAGCCACCGUUCCCAACUGCCCACUUACCACCAGCUUGACCACCUACCCAUGCACUACAACCUAUGUGGUCACACCCACAUAUGCACCAACUGUACCAGUAUCCAGCAUACCAGCCGGAAUCACCACCGUCCCAGUCUCUGGAACAGGAGCUCCAACCAAGACAACUUCGUCCGGAACUCUUGAGGUCACUGCUGCCGCCGGCCGUCUGAACGGAGGCUUGGAGAUGGUCGCUGCUGCUGCUGGGUUCGUCGCUGUUGCUUUCUUGUAA